GUAAUGGGAUGUCCUCAGAUCUUUGUUUAGCGAUAGCAAGAACUAAGAUCUGGUUUUAAUAAGAUUGAGUAACACUGUACCUUGGUUAAUUGUAAGAUACUGCAACAGUACACACAUAAACUAGUGCCACGGAAAUGUUUCAGGACCUGAUUCUGUAUGUAAUAAACACAACAGCAACUGGUGCAGAGAACAAUAGCUAACAGCAGCAGACACAAUGUGAGCAUAUGGCAGUGGAGUGGGACACUGAGUGCGCCCCUCCAAGACAGCCAGCCCAGCCAUUGAUGUGUGGAGAGACAGGCAUGUGACCAUGCAGCAGAAGCAGCAGUAGCAACCUCUGUGGACCAGGGAUGGGGGAGGUGGAAUCAUGGGUGUUCAGGAGAGUCCCUGUAGCACUAAGCAUCCUGUGGACUGUGGUGCAGCUCUCUGCCUCAUGCCCACAAUACUGUGUGUGCCAAAACUCUACAAACAUUAUCACAAACAUCACCUCGGUCGUAUGUGCUCAAGGAAACCUUACCACAGUGCCAAAAGAUUUGCCCCAUGAAGUUACAUCUCUCAACCUCAGCGGCAACAGAAUUGUGUUGCUAGGAGUAAGCUCUCAUGAAGAGGUCAACAUGAGCUUUAACUUACAGCAGUCUUUGAAUACUAGUGUCUUUGACCACCUCUACAACUUACAAACGGUUGACUUAAGUCAAAAUGCAAUUUCUACCAUCCAGCCAAAUGUCUUUGAAGCUUUAGGACUUUUGAAAGAGUUGAAUCUGUCCAGCAACAAUCUAACACACUUGUACAGUGAUAUGCUGUCAGGUUUGACCACAAUGGAGAAGCUGAACUUAGGCCAUAAUAACAUUGCCAGCAUUGACAAUGACACGUUUCUGUAUCUGGGACAGAUUCGAGUCCUGGAUCUAAGCCACAAUGACCUGUCAGAGCUACUCGCUUUCUCUUUCCUUGGCCUGCAAACUCUGGAGAAACUUAACCUUCAGCACAACAAACUUAGAUAUAUUGAGAAGGGUACAUUCUUAUCUCUCAGAAGUCUUCAGGUACUAGACCUGAGCCACAACUCACUCACUGCUAUUGAUACUCUCACAUACUUCAGCAUGCCAAAUCUCAUCUCUCUUUCUUUCGAGGGCAACAAACUUCAAGAAGUAACUCUAACUUUCACUGGUACAAAUGAAAAGCUCCAGGAGCUGAGCCUAGAUGAUAACCAAUUCCCCAACAUAAGCAUUCCAGUGUUCCGGGGACUUGACAAGAUGGAGGAGCUCAGUCUCAGCAGAAUGCCUUCACUGACCAAUGUAGCCUUUGACGCUUUCCACGGUCUUCCAUCACUCAAACACCUUAACCUCAGUCACAAUCCACGCCUAACAUUGGUGCAUUCACACCUAUUUGAUCAACUUCCUAAGUUGGCAUCCAUUGAUCUCAGUCACAACAACCUAUCCAGCCUAUCAGUACUGACAUUCCACAACAAUCACAACCUGCAAACAGCAAAGCUAGAUGGCAAUCACUUUACAUGUAACUGUGGCUUGGCCUGGUUAGCACAAUAUGUCACCAACCAUUCUACUGUUUUCAGUAGGGACCUACACUGUCUUUCAGAUGGUAAACGAAUACAUCUUACCAAAGCUACAACUCUCCAUGAAAUGUGUAAAGAAAUUCCACAGGUUAAUACAACAGAACUGUUAUACUUUGCAAUUGGAUCUCCUGCUCGCAUCACAUGUGAGUUUGAGCCAGAUCCUGAUAGUGUGGUGAUAUGGACCACGCCCCGUCACCAGAUCCUAACCUACCAUGCCUUCCACCCCGAGGUGAUAUCCCACAUGCUGAGCAAGGAGGACACCCUUCUCAACAGCUCCUACCAUGCCUCCCACUACUGGCACAACAGCUCCACCUACCAAGCCAGUCUCAGCAGCUACAAGGACAGGAUCGUCCUGCUCAAUGACGGCUCACUCUACAUCGACUAUGUCCUCCGCCUUGACAACGGUCCUUACAAGUGCUUAGUGAUGAAUGCAAACUACAAUUCUUCAGAUGUAAUCCUGAUCAGACUUGACUACAGUGUCUUAUUCAAUGUCAAAGUCAUGAGUAUUAUUGUGGGUUCAGGCUGUGCUGUUUCCUUACUUCUACUAAACAUCAUAUACUCAAUCAUCAGAGCAAUAGCUCGACGUCUAGUCAACAAACGUCGCAGGGAAGCAAUCAGAAAACUCCUUGAAAACCUUGAUCUUUACAAGACAACACAAUUUGCAAGACUGCGUGAAAAUUACAGUGGUCAACUGAACCGCAUCAGAGACCAGUAUCAUAAUCAGUUCCACCGUCUGAGUGACAACUACAACUCCCAGCUGAAGCGGGUGAGGCGGGGCUGCACGUACCAGGUGGUCCGCAUCAGGGACAACUACACCACGCAGGUGGGGCGGCUGCGCAACUACAGCUCACAUCAGAUUGAGCAGAUCCGCGAGAGGUAUAACAACCAGCUGUUGAAGAUGCGGGACUAUGGGUCUCUGCAGAUGGUCCGUCUGCAUGAAAAGUACAAGCUCCAGCAGCAGCAUGUCAUAAAGCUCCUGGAGACCAUGAACCUGGACAACUGCAAGACUGUGAUAGAGACUGAGUGCUUGAGGACUGAGAGCAUGAUCUUUGAUGUGGACAUACUGAAGGAUACAGAGGACAGCUCCCUCCCACCUCUCUCUGGAAGCGACUCAGAAUAUAUCACUGCAUCUAGUUCGGAAAAUUCUAGUCAGGACAGUUUACGAAUGUCACCAUGUCUUGAUGAUGAUGACUUUGAAAGACAUUUAAAUACUCAGGAAUUCAACAGUCAUCUACCCGAUGUAGAAGAACCUCAGGUAGUUUCAGCACAGUUAAGUAGCUUACAGGACCAUGACAAUGUCUCUUUUGUGAUAGAUAUGAAUGUGGAAGAAGGGGACAACGUCACGGAAUCUAUAGUAUGAGUGUGACUAAAUCCGGUAUAAAUGUUGCAGAGUCCAGGACCCACUGGGUCUGGUCAACAAGUGUCCACCAGUAAACAUUUCUCCAAACUGUCUGUGCUUGUUACUUCCUAUACAAUAACCGAUCUCGGUAUCUGUGGUAAAAUCAGAAGUUCUCUGCCUCUGCUGGAGGAACUUGUAAUUGUGUGAUGAGCACCUGCAGACAGUGUGGAUAUGUGUUUACCGGAGGGAGCAGGACUGACUGUGGAGGGCUGAAUGUAUAUAGUCAAGAGACAUACAAAUUCUAAUCCAGAGACCAAAACUGUGUAAUGCAUGAACAGACCUCAUGGCAAACACUCAGUUUACAAUAUUUUAAACAAUGAAAUAUAUGCAAUAUUCAGAACAUUUGUCACUUUGGUAUUUGUUUCACUACUACUGUUUCCUUGUUUCAAGAUGCUCCUAUGUUUGGUGUUGUUCUUGUGCUUGUCCAACUUGCCUACUUUGAUUGCCAGGCGACACACAUCAGAACAAACAGCCCCACAACAAAUGGAGCACAGGAUCAAUGUUAAUCAUACGUUUAUUGUACUCGUUUACUUGGCCUGUGUCUAGUUCAUUGAAUACCUUUUUCAAAAUAUUCUCCAUCUAAAUUAUCCAUAUUUGUUCUGAUGUAAGUGUAACAUGGCACUGCCAAUAAAUGUACAGCGACUAAGCUAAUAUGGCUUCCUGUCUGCAUAGUUUCAUUAGGAGUUGCCAACACAGACAGUCCUUGGAGAUCAAGCACCAAUAUUGCUACCACUUCUCGUUACACUAUUGUGUUUAGACUCUGAAGUUCACAUAAGCUGACACACAGAUCAAUUAGUGGAUGCAAGAAUCCUGCGCAAGUUGUUCACAUGCAUACAACCUAGAAUUAUGUCGAGAAGAUUUCUCCCAAUUUGACUGAUUUAGACCUGACUUAUUCUAGGAUAGCAAGAAAUGGCCCACUUUUGUGAGCACUGUAUUGAUUGUAAGAUCAAUGGGCUCCGAUUGAUUUGGGUAGGCUUGUGGGGCUGCUGUGCUGUUGUGGAGAAGGCAUAACUCCUCACACCAGAACAUCAGCGAAUGACACACUUACACAAAAAGAGGUAGCUGUAUCAAUUUUGGUAUUUACAGAGAUCAUUUCAAAAAUUUCAACACAAACUGAACAUUAUUAAAACAAUGUUAGUCAAGGUUUAAGAUCAUCAAAAUUAUUCAUUCUGACAAAUGCUUGAUAUCGAAGAUACUCAUGAUGUUACAGCUGAAGAGUUCAAUCUUAAUUUUGUGAACACUAUAAAUUCCUUGAGACUGAGUUCAGAAUCAGUUUGAAGAGUGACCUGAUUUGAUAGGAAAUCUUGAAACUCAUGUAACAUUUAUCUUUAACUACAAUGUCAUUAAGUAAUCACAUUAUGUUUUCAUACAUAUGGCAUACAGAAUUCCCUGCGCCAUAUAUUAUAGUUCAGGAACACAUAGCUACAGAUGAUUGUAAACACUCCUCAUUUCCUAGAUACAAAGGAGUGAAGCGUAUACAAGAUGAGUUUUGUAUUACAUGGAGAUGUUAUUUCCAAGUUUGCUCUGACUCCCUCUUGUCUUGUUGGCCUGUCAACUUCAGUAUAUAUUCCAGUUCAACAAGUUGAAGUCGAAAUUCUAGUGUGUUAAAAAACACUUCCAAUACAAUUUGAUUCAAUGUUAUUUGUAUUGUGAAUUACUUUAUUGUCCUUUGCACUUGAACAACUUUAUUCACUUAAUGCACCUUUUACUGAUACACCUUUGACAUGCCAUCUACUGGUAAGUGAUAAAGCUCUGGCUGUGGUAAUCACAUUAACAUGUACAACGGUGUCCCUGACGUUCAUCAAAGGUUGGCUGAUUGCAACUUCCAUCCGACGACAUGUUUCAAGUUUGCACUAAACAUCAAAUUGUUAACAGCCACUGGUAAUUGACGAAAGCUCUUCAGAUGUAUCAAAUCACACUUGUUACAUUUAGGCAGGACAAAAAGAGGUAACAAAUUAUGAAGCUGGAAAUUUACUUUCUCUUGUUGUGUGUAAUGUGUGUUGAUUUCAUAUUGUCUUCAGAAAGUUGUUAUCCCAAACAUAAGAUGAUAAGUAGGGUUGCCUGUAGCCUCUGACACUUUCACACAUUGUAUGCAAGUUCAUGUUUGAUAAUCACAACCAUUGAAAUGUUGCUGUUUUUAUCUUGUGUAAACUUCCUGACUCUAACCCUAAGGUCCCCCUGAAAGAUACCCUGAAUAAAUAGGAUCAGUUAUUAUUCCAUUCUUCACACAUGACACUGCACUACAUUGUCAUUGGAUAUGGCAUCAGUUAGGUCUUGUCCAACAUGGAUUUCUUUACUGGUUAGACGAUAGAUGUUUGAAAGUGUAAGAUUUGUCAUUUUAUUCCAAUGUUAAAGAGUAUGUUACAGAUAUUAGUAAAUAUCACAAAAACGA